UUAUGCUUUUCUCUUACUUCGGUUGUAGUAAUAAUAAUGUCUGCUUUUAAAUCUUCAAAAUCUAUGUUGUUAUCUGCACUUGUCUUUGCAGUUUUACUGUUUGAUUGCGGUUUAUUCCAAACUGCAGUUUCUAGGUCAGUGAGUUAUGAUAGUAAGGCGUUGAUCAUCGAUGGGAAACGGAGGAUCUUGCAGUCGGGAUCCGUUCAUUACCCGCGCACUACACCAGAUGUUUGGCCGGAAAUCAUUGGGAAGGCGAAGGAAGGAGGGAUUGAUGUGAUAGAGACUUAUGUCUUCUGGAAUUAUCACGAGCCUGUGAAGGGAGAGUACUAUUUUGAAGGCAGGUUCGACUUAAUACGGUUCGUGAAGGAAGUUCACAAAGCCGGCCUCUUUGUACAUUUGAGAAUCGGACCCUAUGCCUGUGCUGAGUGGAACUACGGGGGAUUCCCAAUGUGGUUGCAUUUCAUUCCCGGAAUACAGUUUCGUACAAAGAAUGAUCUUUUCCAGACAGAAAUGGAGCGUUUUCUUGCCAAAAUAGUUCGCAUGAUGAAGGACGCGAACCUAUUUGCAUCACAAGGAGGGCCGAUUAUUCUUGCGCAGGUGGAAAACGAAUAUGGAAACGUUCAAGCAGCUUAUGGAGCAGAUGGAGCGUUAUACGUCAAAUGGGCUGCGGAAACAGCUGUUGGUCUUAAUACUUCCGUUCCUUGGGUGAUGUGUGCGCAACAGGAUGCACCCGAUCCAAUUAUAAACACUUGCAAUGGGUUUUACUGCGACGGGUUUACUCCAAAUUCACCAACCAAGCCAUCGAUGUGGACUGAGAACUACGUUGGAUGGUUCCUAGCAUUUGGAUACGCUGUCCCUUUCCGACCAGUUGAAGACUUGGCUUUUGCCGUUGCACGCUUUUUUGAAAGAGGCGGCACUUUCCAGAACUAUUACAUGUAUUUUGGCGGCAGCAACUUUGGUCGAACAGCCGGGGGACCUUUGGUUGCCACUAGUUAUGACUAUGAUGCUCCAAUUAAUGAGUAUGGUUUUCUCAAUCAACCGAAGUGGGGUCACCUGCGCGACCUUCAUAUCGCAAUCAAACUAUGUGAGGAACAUUUGGUCAAUGCAGAUGCAACCCAAAUUUCUCUUGGUGAGAAUCUUGAGGCGCAUGUAUACUACAAAUCCUCGGAUGACUGUGCAGCCUUUCUUGCCAAUUAUGGUAGCUCUUCGGAUGCAACGGUAGAUUUCAGAGGAAAAUCUUACUUCCUUCCUGCAUGGUCCGUGAGCAUUCUUCCGGACUGCGUGAACGUUGUGUUCAACACAGCUAAGGUUACUUCACAAACAACACUCAAUGAUGAAUCGUUGACUCGGAACAUCACCAUGCACGAGUCUUCAAUGUCAUCGGCAUCUUGGAGUUGGUACAAAGAAGAGGCGGGUGUUUGGGGCAACAGCUCAUUUGAGGCAUCUGGUUUACUAGAGCAUAUAAAUACAACGAAAGACACAAGUGAUUUUCUGUGGUAUACGAUAAGCAUAGAUGUUAACGCUGAUAACAAGAAAAAUCGAACCAAAGAGGUAGGUUUGCUUAUCGGGAGCUUGGGGCAUGCAGCUCUUCUGUUUGUUAACAAGCAACCAGCAGCAUUUGAUUAUGGAAAUCAUGAUGAUGCCAGCUUCAAUUUGAGUGCUACGGUUGAGUUUCACAGUGGGAGCAACACAGUAGAUAUAUUGAGUAUGAUGGUUGGUUUACAGAACUAUGGGCCAUGGUUUGAUAUCCAAGGGGCAGGAAUACACUCGGUUGUUCUAACUGGAUUGAAGGGUUCAGAAGAGGAUCUUUCGUCUUCACAAUGGACCUAUCAGGUUGGACUUGAAGGUGAAUAUCUUGGGCUUCAGAAUGUUUCUCUCGCGAAUAGUUCAAUAUGGACGGACAAAGGUGAUUUACCACUUAAUCGCAGUUUGACAUGGUACAAGACCACAUUCCUUGCUCCAGAAGGGAAUGGCCCUGUAUCACUAAAUCUUUCCGGGAUGGGGAAAGGCCAAGCAUGGGUGAACGGUCUGAGCAUAGGGCGGUAUUGGUCUCAGUAUCUUUCACCAUCAAGUGGAUGCACAGAGCCAUGUGACUAUAGAGGAACUUAUGACGCGUCAAAAUGUUUGAAGAAGUGCGGCCAACCAGCUCAAACAUUGUAUCAUAUUCCACGUUCGUGGUUGCAACAGAGUGAGAACUUACUAGUCAUCCAUGAGGAGCUUGGUGGGGACCCUAGGACCAUCUCUGUGGUAGCUCAAAUCGGGCAAGUGAUAUGCGGGCGUGUAACAGAGGAUGACCUUCCACAGGCUGAUACUUGGGAACAGGGAGUAGGGUUUGCAUCCACGACACCAGAGCUUCGACUGUCCUGUGAAACGGGACAGCAGAUUGAUUCUAUUCGUUUUGCGAGCCUUGGGAACCCUCAAGGAAGUUGUGGAGCACACCGGCCAGGGACUUGUCAUGCCGAUGUCUCAACAUAUCUUAAGAAGGAAUGUGUGGGAAAGGAAAGAUGUUCGAUUCCCAUCUCGACAGAGACGCUUGGAGACCCCUGUCGAAAUCUUACCAAAACCUUGGCAGUUGAAGCUCUUUGUCUAGGUUGAGACAGUUGACUGCUUUUCAACCUAUAGCUUUCAAAUUUCAUCAACCAUUCAACAUUGUAUGUAUGCAUUUAUCAAAACAUUAUCUUCUCAGGAUGA